AUGGCUGACAAGCCAGUAGUCCUAAGUACUUCUCAGUUCACCAACAACUGGUCUGAAAAAUCUGGAAGCCACUGUACUGAUUUUGUCCAGCUGGCCUUUAUCACUUCUUGUCUCUUUAUUUUUGUGGGAGGUAUCAUUAUCAUCUUGAUGGUCAGAGUAAUCCGAUACAUAUUACAUAGGUGCUUCUUUAGAUAUUCCAUUCAAUUUCAGUUGUUUACCAAUAAGAUGAAAUUGCUGAGUUUCUGGAAAGGAAAGUUUCAAGACAGGGUGAUAAUGAUGAUCUCAGCUCAGACAUCUAUAGGCCGUAUUCUGGUAAUACUGGUGUUCCUAUUUAGUAUUGGGUCACUCAUCAUUUACUUCAUCAACUGUUACAGUGUUAAAGAGUUUUGUCUCACCUUUGAAGACCAGACAAUUGUGAUCGAUCUAUUUUUUAAUGUAUUUUUUCUUCUGCAUUUUGGAUUGCGGUUUUUGGCAGCAAGUGACAAGCUAGCAUUCUGGUUGGAGCUUAAUUCCAUUGUGGAUUUCUUCACCAUAACUCCAGUCUGUAUAGCCUUCUAUCUAGGAAAAAAUUGGCUUGGUUUACGCUUCUUAAAAGCAUUGAGAUUGGUGGAACUUCCCAAAAUUUUGCAAUUCCUCCAAAUUACCACUAGUGGUACUGCAAUCAAGCUGUCCAAACUUCUUGCUGUAUUUGUCAGUACCUGGCUCACAGCUGCAGGAUUUCUUCACUGGAUAGAGAAUUCUGGCGAUCCCUGGGUAUAUAACAGCAAUCAUCAAAACUUGACUUACUUUGAAUGCCUAUAUUUGAUCAUGGUAACUAUGUCUACAGUUGGAUAUGGAGAUGUAGUGGUCCAAACCACCAUAGGACGUGUGUUCAUACUUUUCUUCAUUGUUGCUGGUCUGAUCCUCUUUGCAAAUUUGGUGCCUGAGAUAGUAGACAUUGUUGGAAGCAGAAGAGUCUACAUGGGUUCCUAUGUAUAUGUGAAAGGCAGAAAGUUUAUUGUUGUUUGUGGCAAUAUCACUCUGAGCAGUGUGACUGCUUUCUUAAGUGACUUCCUAGCUCAGGAGAAAGGAGACAUUGCCAGUGAUAUAGUCUUUCUGGGAGAAAACCCUCCCUCUCUGGAACUAGAAACUGUAUUCAGAUGUUACACUGCAUAUACCAGUUUUUUCCAAGGUUCUGUCAUGAAUAAUAAGGAUCUUCUGAGAGUUAACAUGGGUAAUGCUGAAGCAUGCCUCAUUUUAGCUGAUAUAUGUUCCACUGAUCCUUAUACAGAGGAUAUUUCCAAUGUCAUGAGGGUACUAUAUAUCAAGAAUCAUUUUCCAAACACCAGAGUUAUAAUACAAAUCAUCCAGUCUUCUAACAAGGUUUACUUGCCAAAACUGCCUGGAUGGGACUUGAGAAAAGGUGAUAGUAUCAUCUGCUUUGCUGAACUCAAGCUUGGAUUAAUAGCUCAGAGUUGUGUGGUGCCAGGUUUGUCCACACUGUUGACCAGCUUGUUCAUUAGAGAAGAUAUCCAGCAUAGGGAUGUUUGGAUUAAGCACCAUCAUGAAAUAGAAGGCCAAAACUAUAAAGUGAUGACUCAGCUUCUUUCCAAUGAUUUUGUUGGCAUGUCUUUCAAAGAUGUUUGUCGACUCUGCUUUCUGAAGCUGGAUAUCAUACUUCUUGCUAUUGAUUUUCGAUCUGCAAAACAAGGAAACAGCAUCCUGAUCAACCCACCUUCUGCAAUUAAACUCCAUUACAACACACUGGGCUUUUUCAUUGCUGCCUCUGUCCAGGAACUGAAAAGAGCUUAUUAUUAUUGUACACAAUGCCACAGUGGGAUCCCCAAUCCUGAGCUCAUUGUGAAAUGUCAUUGCAAAAGAAAAAGUGCGAAAAAACCAAUCCCAGAUUCUGAAAAGGCAUCAAGCAGUAAUUUGAGACGUUCAGAUGAAGGUAUAGUACAUUCACGAUCCCUUGGGAUUCUCUCCUUCUUGGAUUUUUUCCCCAGACAUUCAGAAGAAGGAGAAGAAGAAAUUGGUUGUUGCUCAUUGGAUGCUACAAGAAUGUUUCAUUGGUGUGAAGCUAUCCCUUUUGAAAUGGCACUCUUGAAAUCCAAAAAGAAGUUUUUCAGUGACUUGCGUGAUCAUAUUAUAGUCUGUGUUUUUGGAGAUGCCACUUCAACCAUAAUUGGAUUACGGAACUUUGUGAUGCCACUGCGAGGUAGCAACUUUGCAUUCAGUGAGUUGAAGGACAUCGUCUUUGUUGGCUGCAUUGAAUACCUUGAGCGGGAAUGGGAAUUCAUCCAAAAUUUUCCAAAACUUCACUUACUGAAGGGCAGUGGACUAUCUUGUUCAGAUCUCAAGGCAGCUGGCAUUCAGUACUGCAGCAUGUGCGCCGUUCUGUCAGCUAAUGUCAGGGAUGUCAGUGAUCAAACUCUAGUGGAUACCAAAUCUAUCUUGGCUACCCUGAAUAUACAUUUCUUGCAGUUCAAGCAAACUUCAUUGACAGAUAAUCCACAGGGAUUCAAUGAAGAUUCAACUGGAGUUCAAUCACGCACUUUUUCCAAACGGAUCUCUGUCAUCACUGAGCUUAAGGUAGCUGCAAAUGCAGAAUUCUUUCAACAGACUGGAAUGGAAAACUCUGAGAAGUCAAACCAUAACGUAUGCAAAGGGGCACUGUUUUCAGACAGUUUUUUGGAUUCUCUCUUGUGCACAACCUACCAUAAUUACCAUGUGCUGGCUUUGCUUCAGACGCUGGUGACAGGUGGGACCAGCCCAGACCUUGAAGAAUAUUUGGCAGAGGGGAGUUCACUGGUUGGCAAUAAUAGCAAUGUGAUUUCCUUGGGAGUUGGAAACAGAUGUAAACUGGCUCUUUUAACAUUAAUAGAUGAUCCACAGUUAAUAGAAGGGCUGCUGCUCUUCUUUGGUGAUGUGUUCACUAAAGCCCUUGAUAUGUAUGGAAUUCUUUGCUUUGGUAUCUAUCGCCUGAAACCUAACCCCAAUCCAUAUGAAAUCAGGAAAGUAUAGUAAAAUUGAAAUUUUCUCAUAAAGGUUUAGCUAUCUACCUGCAUACACAGCAAUAAAAUAUUGGCAUGUUCAAUAAUAUUUCAGAAACUAUAUGGAGUUUGUAUUUUGAAAAGUAGCUUUGGGGAUUCAUAAUACAAUGAAAAAUCAUCAUUAAAAGACAGGAUUUGGGAG